AUGUUCAACAAAUACUCAUUUAUAACAUAUGACAUUGAAUAUAGAUUUGUAUAUGAUUAUGGAGUGAACAAAUCACAUGGGAAACAAAUUUCUCCAGAUUGUGAUUUCAGCUUUCAUAGUUCUACAUCGAAAUCUGGUUUCUUUACUUCACCAAAUUAUCCUGGACUUUAUCCAGUUGAUAUUAUCUGUGAAUACCGAUUGGUUGGUUAUCAAAAUGAAGUGAUAGAUUUAGAAUUUCAAGAAUUCGAUGUAGAAAGUAAUUCCGUAAGGUGUUCAACGGAUGGAGAUGGUGAUUAUGUGGAAGUGCGCAGUUGUUCAACUUUAUCAAUCUUAGAUUUAGGCCGGAAGUAUUAUUGUCAAAAUGUUGGCCAAUAUAAGAAUAAUACUAUUCGUAUAAAUUGGAGAAAAUCUUGCCUAAUUAUUAAAUUCUUUUCAAAUAAUAUGAUUGUUCGACAUGGAUUUCUAGCAACAUAUAGAUUUUCAAUUUCAGGAGCCAAUUCCCUUCGAGGUGGUAAUUCAGGCCGGUUAAUACAGCUAUCAUUAUUAUGCUUAACAUUUAUACAUUUUUGUGUAUUCAAAACUUUACAAAUGAAACCACUGAAUAGUGUUUAA